GGCUUGCGGCUCUGAGCCUCGUCGUUCUGCAGACCUGUUCGGGACCGUCGCCGUGAGCCGACGCCAUGCCUUUCCUGUCGCAGAAGUUCAACCUGCAGAAGCGGGUCAAGCUGGCUCAGGGUCUCUGGAUGCUCUACUGGCUCGCCGUCAUCGUGGGCAUCAUCCUCUUCAGCCUCGGCAUCUUCUUCAAGAUCGAGCUGAGGAAGAGGAGCGAGAUCAUGGACAACAACGAGAGUCACCUGGUGCCCAACCUGCUGAUCCUGGUGGGCAUGCUGUCCUGCGGCCUGAAUGCCUUCGGGGGGAAGCUGUGCCACGACUCUCUGGACCCCCAGAAGUUCUCCAAGAUGAAGCCGAUGCUGCGGCCCUACAUGCUGCUGUGCUGCGGCUUCAAUGCGCUGCUGCUGCUGCUGGUGCUGCUCUCCUUCCUCAUGCAGUUCGCCGUGUACCUGACGCUGGCCGAGGGCCUGAAGAACGCUAUCCGCUUCUACAAGGACACGGACACACCGGGACGCUGCUUCAUGAAGCGGACGCUGGACAUGACUCAGAUCGAGUUCAGGUGCUGCGGAAACAACAACUUCAGGGACUGGUUCGAGGUGCAGUGGAUCAGCAACCGCUACCUGGACAUGAGCAACGACGUGGUCAAAGACCGCGUCCUCAGUAAUGUGGAGGGGAAGUACCUGAUGGACAGCGUCCCGUUCAGCUGCUGUAACCCCGGCUCGCCCCGCCCCUGCAUCCAGCAUCACCUGACCAAUAACUCCGCCCACUACGACUACGACCACCGCACUGAGGAGCUGAACAUCUGGAACCGCGGCUGCCGCCAGGCCGUCUUCUCCUACUACAGCGGCAUCAUGAACAGCAUCGGAGCGCUGCUCAUCUUCACCAUCAUCCUGGAGGCGGGAGACGUGGCAGGCCUGAAGUACCUGAGCACAGCCCUGGAAACGAUGGCCGACCCGGAGAACCCGGAGUGUGAGAGCGAGGGCUGGUUGCUGGAGAAAGGCUUCAAGGAGACGCUGGCCGACCUUCUGUCCAAAGUCAAGACCUUCGGCCGCGCCAACCAGGUGGAGGAGGGCGGGGCCUCCCCCGACGCCGACGCCACCUGAAGCCCCGCCCACCAGCAACCUGAGGUCUCCCCUCCCCUUCCCCCAAAGCAGCCAUCUGCCCCUCGCCCCCAGAGCCGGGGGGCAGAGAGAGGAGGCGCCGCUUCCCAGACUGACGGACUCUAUUGAGCAUGUGCAGAACACACUGAACACACACUGAACACACACUGAACACACACUGAACACACACUGAACACACACUGAACACACACCCUGCCAGAGAACUGUGUGUGUUUCCUUCCAGUCUGUAAAUUUGUCACCAAAACAUUCUAACUGAACAGAACCUGAGGUCCAGAUGACCUGAACCCGACCGGUACCAGCCGGUACCACCUGGCAGCCCUGACUCCUGGCUUCCUGCUGCAGUGUCUCAGUUGGUCCUGCAGGGGGCGCAGCUUUAGAGGAUUCUUGCCAAACAUUUCUUUUUUUACACCCAGAUUUUAGUUUGUGCGUCGUUGAUGGUACCGGCUCGUUGAUGGUACCGAGCCGGUACCGGUCGGUACCGGUUGGGUGGGUUGCUAUGGAAACAGACAGCCAAAGAGCAGGUCACCUUCCUACUCACCUGUGCAGGUGAACACUUCCACAUCUGGAGUUUAUGCAGAGCUGUGCUGCAGGUGUUCUGUUAGAGACGCAGGCAGGAAGUCAUGCCUAAUUGCCAAUAGUGAUGUCAGCGUAACAGGAAGUGAUGUCAGAGUAUUUUGCUAGCAGAUAGUAGAUGACAAGAGUUUCAACAAGUGAUGUCACUGGGCUGGAAGUCAGGUGUGUCCAAAUUCAAGGUCUGCAUCCUGCAGGUCUACGUAGACCGUGAAUAAACCGGUCUAUGCUCCAACUGUCCCCGCCCCCACCUCAGCGUAACUCAUGUUGCCUAGCAACCGUGACAGCGUGAAGCAGAGUAAAACAACAACAGAGCUGAAGUUUGUUUCUCAGUCAUGUUUUACUCAUGUCUGUGUUAUUCUUCACCUUCUAAAGUAAAAUUUGUUCAUAGGAAAAAAUAAAUCUGUUAGUUUGAUUCUAAAAUGUUCAAACACGUGUUGCACAUUUCACAAUUAUUCAUUUUUAAAUAUCAUACUGUCCAAAUCUGGGAUAAACCAUACAGUUCAAUUAAACUAGUAUGUUUGAAGGCUAAACUUGAACCAAUCAAUCAAUCAAUCAAACUUUAUUAGUAUAACACAUUUCAGCAUCAAGGCAUUUCAAAGAGCUUUACAUCAAAUCAAACACAAAAACACAAUGAAACAUAGAAUCAA